CCGCGACCCUCGCCCCUCGGCCGCCGCACCGCGACUUAAAUAGCGUGGUAACUCCCGGAGCCAGCAUACUGUCCUCGGCUCUCCAGAUACCAACAUUACCCUGCACCACAUCUUCAAAAUGGCCAAGUUCGUUGUUCUUUUCUUCGCCUGCUUGGCAUUUGCAUCAGCAAGACAAGUCCGCCGCGAAGCUCCCACUCUCCUCCAGGAUGUCGAGAAGAAUGCUGCUGAGUUCCAGAAAACUAUCACUGAGCAAUUCAAUGCAAUCACCAACUCGAAGAAUACCCAGGAAUUUAACAAGGUGCUGAAAGAAGGUUCGGACUCCGUACUGAAGUCGCUCUCGUCGUUCUCCAGCACCUUACAGGGCGCGAUUCAAGACGCCAGUGGAAAGGCUAAAGAGGCUUUGGAACAAUCGAAGGCCAACUUGGAACACACAGCGGAGGAGUUACGUAAAGCGCAUCCCGACGUGGAGCAGCAAGCCAACGAACUGGUGCAGAAAUUCCGAAACGCCUUAUCGAAAACCGCAGAGGAAUCCCAAAAGUUGGCCAAGGAAAUCGGUGCUAACAUGGAGCAGACCAACCAGAAGCUGGCGCCUCAGAUCAAGCAGGCCUACGAAGAUUUCGUCAAGCAAGCCGAGGCGGUACAGAAGAAGCUGCACGAAGUCGCCAACAAGCAGUGAGCGCGCGCGAUGCGUCCAUCCCUUUUGUGAUAAACAUAAUAUGUCUUUAAUAAAAUAGUUAUAUUAUUA